AAGGAACAGAAAAAGUACAAGAAAAGAAUUUCGAAAAUGUUGAGUUUUUCGGAUACGAAAGCUGCGGCUAUAAAAUAGUUGUCUGUCUUUUAAUGUAGUCGUUAGAAACCAGCUGAAGUGUUUCUUGUUUCCCAGCCAUUAGUUUAAUUCAUUGCGACCGCAUAGCAGCAACACGCACACUUGUUAUACAGAGUUCAGAAGUUUCCCAUAAUUCUUAAACUUCAUCAUAUAACCACAUUAUUCGUAGUUGUUUAUCAAUUGAGCUAUUUUUUUGUUGUUUUUCUUGUUUAAUUGUAAAAAAAAAGCCCCGAAAAAUGAACGAAUGAGGCGGUUUUCAAAACAAACCAACAUGAGGAGGAGGUAGAACUAGUCAAAGUUAUCUCGUUCUUUUCGAAAUUUCUUUUAUUUAAUAGCUUUAUUUAUAUAUAUAUAUUUAUUUCACUUCUCCAUGAACCAUGUCUGCGACUGUGGAGGGAAAUACAGAACGAUACGAACAGUUACAAAACAUAAAAGCCAAGUCUUGUGCCUUACCCAAAGAACGUGACCAGGGUGAUGGAGCUCCUGAGGGAAAGUCUACAAAGAAAGAACAGAAACCAUUCUCUGUCAAGUUGGAACUAGAUUUGGUCCAGAUUUUCUUAUUCAUUGGUGCUUGGGCUACAAGAACAUGGCAGAUUGGACUUCCUCGUGCUGUUGUGUUCGAUGAGCUUCAUUUCGCUAAAUUCGUUUCAUUGUAUCUCCAAAAUAUAUUUUUCUUCGACAUCCAUCCUCCCCUGGGGAAGCUGUUGUUAACACUGGCAGGUCACUAUACAGGAUUUCAGGGAAACCUAAGUUUUGAUCGGAUUGGAACUGAAUACCCAUCGACAGUUCCAGUCAGCCAGUUGCGAUUACUACCAGCCAUAUUAGGAAGUCUUCUGGUUCCGCUCGUUUACCAAAUAGUUGUGGAACUUCAUCUCUCUCGAUGGGCAGCACUUUUAGCUGCAAGCUUUGUGUUAUUUGACAAUGCCAUCCUUGUGCAGUCUCGCUUCAUCCUCAUGGAAGGCAUGCUUCUCUUCUUCAUAGCAUUGGCCCUGCUCUGUUUUCUAAAGUUCCACCACAUGCCUGAACAGGAAUUUAAUCUUCAGUGGUGGUUAUGGUUGACUAUAACUGGGCUUUCAUUGACGUGUGCAUUCAGCAUCAAAUAUAUUGGUUUGAUGACAUUCAUCCUUGUGUUGCUGUCAAUUUUCAAAGACUAUUGGUCAAUGUUAGCAGAUAUUCUCAAAUCUGACUUGUGCCUAGUUCAACAUUUCUGUGCACGCUUCAUGUGUCUGUUUAUAAUUCCUGCAUUCCUCUACAUUGGAAUAUUCUUCAUACAUCUGAGCAUUCUCACCAAAGCUGGACCCCACGAUAAUGUCAUGACCAGUGCGUUUCAGGCUAGCCUUGAGGGUGGCUUGGCAGCACUGACCAAAGGCCAGCCACUAAAUGUAGCUUACGGGUCACAAAUCACGUUACGCUACAACAACAACCCAUCGCCUGGUCGACCUUGCUGGUUACAUUCCCACCCACACGUCUACCCGAUCCGAUAUGUCGAUGGCCGAGGCAGCAGCCACCAACAACAAGUGACCUGUUACAUCUUUAAAGAUCUCUACAACUGGUGGAUUAUCAAACAUCCAAACAGCAACACAUUAAUGGUAAAUGACCCUCCACAACCAGUGAAACAUGGAGACUUAAUCCAGUUGGUACAUGGAUUAACAGGCAGAGCAUUAAACAGCCAUGAUGUAGCAGCACCCAUGAGUCCACAGAACCAAGAAGUCUCUUGCUACAUUGACUACAAUGUAUCGAUGCCAUCACAAAAUCUCUGGAGAGUCGAACUUGUGAACCGUGAUUCUGACCAAGACAAUUGGCAAACCAUCAACAGUUUAGUGAGGUUACACCAUGUCAAUACAAGUCAAGCACUCAAGGUGUCUGGCAAGCAGUUACCAGAAUGGGGGUUCCAUCAGCUGGAAGUGGUCACAGAUCGAAUCGCAGAACAGGACCCCACUAUUUGGAAUGUGGAGGAACACCGCUACACCAAAGCUUCUGGUAAAGAAGGACAGACCCGAGAGUUGAGUGAAGCUGAAAUGAUUCCGUCGGAACCGACUCAGUUGUCUUUGUGGGCCAAAUUUUGGGAGUUACAGGUUAAAAUGAUUUCCUCAAACCAUGAUGUAGAUUUGGAACAUAAAUACAGCUCUGGUCCUUUGGAAUGGCCACUUAUGGACAAGAAUGUUGCUUACUGGAUCAGUCCUAAUACCAAUGCUCAGAUUCAUCUCCUGGGGAAUAUUUUCAUCUGGUAUCUCUGCACCGCUUCCCUGUUUGGCUAUUUGACCCUGUGGAUAUUUUACAUGCUCCGAAGACGACGUUCUUUAUUUGAUUUAAAUGAAGUCGAGUGGGACCAGUUUACAUUCACGGGUCAACUUCUGAUUGGAGGCUUCUUAUUUCAUUACCUGCCUCACUUUGUAACUGAUCGCACCCUCUUCCUACACCAUUACCUGCCGGCCUUCCUCUUUCAGGUGAUCACCUGUGCUGCUCUCUUCGACCACUUCAUUCUCAUAUCUGCCAGGUUUGUUCCUUACCUGAGCAGUUUUGUGAAAUAUCUUAUCGUCCUCUUGGUACUUAUAGCCCUGGGUGUUUUUCUUUAUUUCUCUGCAUUCUCCUAUGGUAAUAUUCCCCUAACAGCCGCAGACAUUCAACAGAUGUCGUGGAAAGACAGUUGGGAUUUUCUGGUGCGUGUUAAAUUAAGAUAAAAACAUUUAUUUUCUUCAGAUAUCCCCCACUUCAUCUUCAUCACUUUUCUCCCCACCUCACAAUUGUUACAUCACCUGUGUUUCCAUAGGUAAUAAUGAGAAGAUAAGUUGAUGAUGUCUUGAUGUUCUGGUCACUUAAAACUUUAAUCUCCAUGCAACGAGUUUUUAAUAUGAACAAAGUAACAACCACAAGAUUGUCAGUUGAUAUUUUAGUGUACUAAUUUUCUGGUUUCCAUGUCUUUUCGAUCUAGUCUAACAGAAUCUCAUCUUCAGAAAAUAAUGUUUACUUUGUUUUAGAAAUUGUAAGGUAAGGAAAAUAUUGGAAAAUAUUCUGACUCUAAAAACAAUAAGCUGAAGGUUGCAAAGACUGUUUGACCAACUGAGCUUCUUGCAACACUUCCUGGCUCUAGUUUGUCUAGGAAUUCUACUACAUUAAAUGCAUAAUAUAUGUGCUGUUUGACCAUAAUGUAAAUCCCCAGUUAAAGAUAUAUCUAUUUUAACUCAUUAACAUAUUUGUUAUUUCAUUAACAUAAAUUAAGUUAAAAUUAACAUAAAAUAUUUCUCUCCACAGUAACGAGUGACUGUUAUAGUUUGUUACUUUGAAAUUAAUAAUUCCAUUUCUUUCGAGUAAAAACAAAUCUCAAAUUUUAAUUGCCUAAGAAGAAUUAUGAAUAUGAUUUAAUUAUUCAAAGUACUAAUUGCAUGAUGCUUUUUUAAAAUUUAUUAAAAUAUUUAAAUUUAUUAAACAUCCAGUGGCGGUGCCCCAGCAUGGCCGCGGCCUUCGGGCUAAAACAUUUUUAAGGAUUUAUCCCAAAUUAAAAUAUUUUCCAUUUCCAAAGACGAGGUUAAUCACCUGAUUAAUUACAAUCAUAUAAAUCUAGUUUAAUUUGUGUUUUUAAUGAUUUCUUUUGAUUGACUAAAGCAUUUAAAAUUUUCUUUAGUCAUUUUUAAACAUUUUAUUUGUUGGUAGGAUUGACAGCAUUGCUGAAAGUCAUGUUUGACUUGUUGAGGUUUUACUUUUCUCUUUAAAACCUUGCUGUCGUAUUAUAAAACUAUUUACGAAGGACGAUAUAGUCUCCCUACAUCCAGCAGAUCUCAACAGUUUCAAUUCAAGGAACUUGUGGUGGAGUAAGGCUUAAUCGACAAAGAUUAGCCAAAUCUUGAAUCCUUAGAGAUUAACUAAAAUUAAUUUAUAGGGUGGAAACUCAACUCUUAUCCUAGUUCAUCAGAAGCACCAAGAACAACUUGACUGUCGUUAUAAUCUAGUGUCUUGGAGGCGAGUUGAACGGUGUCUGUGUACGAUGGCCUAAUGGUGACACAAAUGUGUAUGAUGGCCUAAUGGUGACACAAAUGUGUAUGAUGGCCUAAUGGUGACAUAAAAGUGUAUGGUGGCCUAAUGGCGACAUAAAAGUGUAUGGUGGCCUAAUAGCGACAUAAAAGUGUAUGGUGGCCUAAUAGCGACAAAAGUGUAUGGUGGCCUAAUAUCGACAUCAUGUAACCAAUCAUUCUCUCAUUUUUACAAUCUAGUCAUUUACAUACUAUGGAAGCACAGUUGUUUACAUUCUGGCGAGACACUUGCCUAUAACACGGAGACAUGCUGACAAGAGUUCAUUCUCUAUCACUGUCACAUAUAUUUUUGUUGUAUAAAAUGCAAUAAAUUGCCUUUUUUAUACCUGCCGACAUUUUAAAGUCAACAUCAUUACAUAUAAUACAUCAUACUAGAGACUUCUCCCACCCCCUCAACUACCCCAUGGAACCAUCACCACUGCCUCCACCUCCAUCAGUCAGUGGAGAAGCAAGCACCUACGUGGUUGCUUGACCUGUUAGAAAGAGUAGUCAAAUCUCUCUCAAACCUCUCACCAUACAAUCUUAAGCAGGGAAUGGGACACACUUGAUAAUUUUGUCCUUGAUAUGCAAAAAUAGCUGGUUGGUCAUAUUUGGAAUACCUUUUGAUCACAAGUUUGGGCUAAAUGGUAACUGCUCCUACCCACCCUCUUUAAUUAUUUUACAUCCAACUUUCUGUUGUUCAUGGCUCAGGUACCUACUUUUGUUCUCCAGCAAGAUCAGUGUCUUCUCUUUCCUUGGUCAAUGUCUCACACACACGAACGCACGUUACACAACAUUGACUGUAGCAGUCAGGUUUGAACUCAUAACCAUCAUUAUCGUUUAACAUUCUCCUUCCAGCGGGCCAAGCAGAAGCCUGCACCAUGCUUCUCUGUGUUUGGUAUAGUUUUUUAUUAUGGCUGGAUGCCCUUCCUAACACCGACCACCCUGCAGAGUGGGCUGAGUGCUUUUUACGUAGCACCUGCACAGGUGAGGUCAGUUUUGGCAUGGUUUUUACAGCUGGGUCUCAAUGAUUGUAACACUGUAGACUGCUAAACUUGCCCAAGGUGGUGGUGGUACCUCUACACAACGAAUAUUACAUAAACAUACAGAUAUCGCGUGCUGUUAUCUCAACAUACUGCCAACCAUACAUGCAUCCUGAUGUCUGCUGUUAUCUCUAUAUAACAAUGGCUGUUAUGUUUAACCCUCUAGCAUUCAGAAUGGUCAUAUCUGGCCAAAUUAUUAAACUCGUUUUAUGUUGAAACCGGCCAGAUCCAGCCUCUCACCUCAAUCUUUCGAUGUCAUUCUAAAAACUAAACAAUCACAUCAUUGAAAUCUCAAAGCUAUAAGAUGAUUGAUUCAAAAUAAUAUGAAUGGAA